AUGGCGACGACGACCGUCGCGCGCGCGUCGAUCGCGCCGACGGUCUCGCGCGCGAUCGCGCGACGUUCUUCGCGAUCGCGUCCGCGCGUCGCGCGGGUCGGCGCGCGCGCGACGACGACGACGCGCGAGACGCGCGCGCGAACGCGACGACCGACGACGACGACGACGCGCGCGGCGACGACGACGGCGACGGCGACGGCGACGGCGACGCGAAGAACGACGCGCGGGACGACGACGACGACGCGGGCGACGCGGGAGGAGGACGCGCUGGCGACGGCGAUCGGGGCGACGGCGGCGGCGCUCGCGCGAACGCGCGCGCGGACGGGACGCGCGCUGACGCUUGCGCUCGUCGCGGGCGCGUGGGCGCAGAGCGUGAAUCUGGGAGGGACGUUCGCGCUGGCGCUGUUCAGGGCGCACGAGGUGCCGAUCGUGGCGGCGGCGUUCGCGCUGGGGGUGGCGGCGUGGAAGUUCGCGUGCGCGCAGUACGCGCGAACGUGCGUGUUGCGGCGCGAGGGAGAGAAAGAGGGAGAGGCGCGCUCGGAUCGACGCGGGGCGCUCGCGGCGGUGAAUUCGAUGGGGUGGUCGGUGAGGGCGGCGCACGGGGAGUUGAAGGACGCGAGAGGGGUUUUGGCGUCGUUGUGCGUGUUGGAUUUACGACGGCUGGCGUCCGUCGCGUGGAAUUCGCUCAUCACCGUUCCGAUUCCGUACUUGGGAUUGAUUAAACUUCUAGAUUUCGCCGUCGCGGGUCCGGUGCUGGUGAACGAGGGAAAGACGCCUCGCGAGGCGAUGGCGCGUUCGCGAGAGUUGAUGUACGGAUAUCGCGUGCUGUUGAUGAAGACGACGUUUUUGUGCUCCACCGUGUGCGCCGCACUCGUGUGCGGCACCGUCGGAGCUUUCGUGGCGUGCGUCCCGUCGCUGCCGAACCUCAUGCUCGGCGCGGAAGCGACGACCGUGGGCGAAGCCGCGGCGGGAUUCAUCAACGGCGCGGCGUUCGAUCGCGUGUGGGUGCUCGGGACGCCGCUCGAACGCGCGGCGACGUUCGCCUUGCUGGUGUGCGGAUUAGUUUUGAGCUUUCUCUUCACUUUAGGCUUUCGCGAGCUCUUGAGCCUGUUUUACGAAGAAACGACGGCGCGCUACUCGCCGCCGCCGCCGCUGGACGCAUCGGCGAUCGACGCGCCGAACAAGCCAUCGCUCUGGCGGCGAGCGCAGUUCUGGCGCAAAGAAUGA